AUGCCUGACGAUGAGAGCGGUGCCCCUCCAAGAGCAAGCCCGUACAAGCCCGUACGCGCCCGCUGGAAGGCUGAGUGGGAGAAAAGGGAAAAGGAGGAUUCCCUAGAGUCUAAGUUUCCCUUGGAUAAACCUCUUGCGCCCUCGGGAGGUUUAUCUCGACUACUACUCCUCUCUCUCAAAACUCACUACGUAUUACUUCCUACAAGUAUCUAG